AUGGAGCUGAAGGCUGUGAUGGCUGGGCGGAGCUCCAAGAGACAGUUGUUCCUCCUUCCAGGGGGCAUCGAGAGACACCUCAAAAUCAAGACCUGCUCAGUGUCUCUGGAUGCGAUAGAGGAGCUGUGUAAUGAAAUUGGACUGCACCUACUGGAGGCCAUGGAUGAGUACGCUAUAUUCCUGGUCACACACCGAGGUCAGAAUGUCCGUCCCCUCAAUAAGAGGGAGUACAUCCUGGACAUUGCUACGGAGGCGGAGCCAGUGGACAGUAAUUACAGCCUGUGGUUCAGGAGGGUCAUCUGGACACAGCCGCUUAAAUUUGACAACGAGCUCUGUGUCACCAUGCAUUAUAACCAGGUGUUACCAGACUAUCUGAAGGCCUUGCUGAGUGUGGUUCCCCAGAGUAAAGCCAGUGACUAUCUGAAGGUGUUACCAGACUAUCUGAAGGCCUUGCUGAGUGUGGUUCCCCAGGGUAAAGCCAGUGAGCAGCAGCUGCAGCAGUUGGCAAAACUAGCAGCAUUACAACACCGUGCCAAAGACACUGUCUUCCUACCCACCAUUGGUGAGGUCCAGGAGUGUGUCCCCCCCCAGCUCUACAUCAGACAGCCUCCUCAGCCCUGGCUCAACAUGGUCACUCAGCAUAUGCAGCAGAUCUCUCCUCUGAGCCCUCACCAGGCCAGGGCUCAGUUCCUCGGUCUGGUCAGCGCGUUCCCCAUGUUUGGCUCCUGCUUCUUCUACAUCAAGUCCAGCAGCAACAUCUCUAUCCUGGCUCCCUGUGUACUGGCUGUCAACCAGAACGGACUGUACUUCCUACACAAGGACUCGCAUGAGGCCAUGGUAAGUUACCCUCUAAGCGAGGUCCAGUCCACCAGAACCCAGAGACCAACAGGGGGCGCUAGCUCCUCCUAUCCCUACGUAGACAUUCUGCUGGGAGACCUGCUGACACAGCGCAUCACACAGCUACAACUGGAGCAGGGUCUGGAGCUGUGUCGGGUUAUCGCCAUGCACAUGGAGAACAUGCUGUCUGUCCGGGAGAAGAGACUCACCCUGCCACCUAGUGAGAUCACUCUGCUAUAACACACUGUCUGGGAGAAGAGACUCACCCUGCCACCUAGUGAGAUCACUCUGCUAUAACACACUGUCUGUCUGUCUGUCCGGGAGAAGAGACUCACCCUGCCACCUAGUGAGAUCACUCUGCUAUAACACACUGUCUGUCUGUCUGUCCGGGAAAAGAGACUCACCCUGUCACCUAGUGAGAUCACUCUGCUAUAACACACUGUCUGGAAGAAGAGACUCACCCUGCCACCUAGUGAGAUCACUCUGCUAUAACACACUGUCUGGGAGAAGAGACUCACCCUGUCACCUAGUGAGAUCACUCUGCUAUAACACACUGUCUGUCUGUCCGGGAGAAGAGACUCACCCUGUCACCUAGUGAGAUCACUCUGCUAUAACACACUGUC